AUGGCUGCCUUUACGGCUUCCGUUAUUCCUAUCGUCUCUUUUAUUCUUAUAACGCUUGCCGUCCGUUGUCACGCUACAGCGUUAAUCGAGGGUCUAUACUGUGGCAAAAAGAAUUGCUAUGAUGUUCUCGGGAUAAACAGAGAUAGUGACAAGCAAGAUAUUGCGAAAUCGUAUCGUCGCUUGGCUAGAAAGUAUCAUCCGGACGUUAGUAAGGAAUCCGAUCCAGAAGAGAAGUUCCGUGAAGUUGCAAAUGCGUAUGAGAUCCUCAAAGAUGACGAGUCUAGACGAGACUACGACUACAUGUUGGACCAUCCAGAGGAAUUUUAUGGUCAUUACUAUCGAUAUUACAGACGCCGUAUGUCACCUCAGGUCGACGUACGAGUCGUGAUUGCUGGUGUCAUCACAUUUGUAUCUAUAUUUCAAUAUAUGCAUGGCUGGUGGCGGUACAACGAUGCCAUGAAGUAUCUGCUCAAUGAGCCAAAGUACAGAACUAUGGCUGUUUCUAAGGCAAACGAGUUGGGACUGCUUUCGAAGAUAGAAAGGCGUAAGAGACCAAAGGAGGACGUCAAAGCUGACGAAGAAGCCGUACUUCGGAAAAUGUUGGAAGAAAACGUGGACGUCAGGGGAGGCUACAGUAGGCCGUCGUUGUGGGAUGUGAUGUGGGUCCGUGUCGUCUUAUUGCCGUACACUCUCGUUUUGUAUGUCAUCUGGUGGUUCAAGUGGCAGUGGACGUACUUCGUCAUGAAGCAAGAGUAUACUGAAGAGGAUCGCCACUAUUUGACACGUAAAGCACUCAAGCUGACGACAGUACAAUGGGAGAGUAUCGGACGAGAAAAACAAUCCGAACUCAUUGAGAAGGAACUAUGGGUAAACGACAACUUCCAGGCGUACACAAAUCAACAACAGGAAGAGAUGAAGGCGAAGUAUGCAGAGAGCGCUAAGUACAGAAGAUACAGAAGAUACAUGAAAAACCACAAGCCUGGACCAAUAGUUGAUAGUGAUUGAGAGUUUUGACAAGAUGUAUCUGACAGUACAGUAUUAUGACUGGCUGCUGUGCAGACCUGGUGCAGAUUUUGAUACUUAAGUAUUAGAAUGUGUUGUACUAGCUUGUCUGAAGUAUUAAUGCACAUUCUGGAAAGGAA